GAGCGGUGGUUGCUCCCGGGGUCGGAGCCCGAGCGGGAGGAGCGCGGCUGAGGCGGGAGCGGCCGCCCCGCCUGGCAGGGAUGGAGAAAAAGAAAAUCCUGAUGAAAUCCAAGGCUGCUGCUCCCAACCUCCUGAGGGCUCUGCACUCCCUCUACCAGCUGGGUCACCUCUGUGACGUGAGGGUUCACACGCAGCACCUGGGAGUCCAGGAGGAGUUCCUGGUUCACAAAGCUGUCCUGGCAGCUUCCAGCAAUUACUUCAAAGGGCUUUUCCUGCACGAGGAGAUGCUGGACACCCAGAACUGCACCGUGACUCUGCAGGACAUUUACACAGAGGAGUUCACCUCCUUCCUGGAGUUCGUGUACACGGCGGAGGUGGAGAUCGAGGCGGAGAAACUGCAGCGGAUGAAGGAGAUAGCUGAAAGGUUGGAGUGCAAGGAUUUGCUGGAUAUCUGUGAAGAAGUGAAAGCAGAGGGCAGGAAGGGGCUGGAUUUGAGUCUCCACCUGAAAGGUCAGCUGGGGGAGAACCCUGGGCCGCAGUGGGCACGCAUCCAGCAAGAGGAAAACCUCAAGCUGAGUGACUCUUCCCAAGCUGUGGAGAUACCCCUGAGGAGGAAACUUUGGGAUAGGCAAAGCCAGACCUUGCUGGCUGGCUCUGAAGGCACUGAAGGCCAAGCAGGCAGCCUGGAGCUGGAGGACACUGCUUAUCCACAACGAAAAUCCCGCCGGGCAAAGCUGCAGCAAUGUAGCAAGGCAGACCCCAGAAGCAGACUGGGCGUGGAAAGCCAGAGCAGUCCUUCUCUCCUAAGCCAGAGCCAGUGCAAGGAAACACGCGUGGUAAUGGGGAAGGCUCUGCCCGAGCAGUGGGAAGCUGGGCAGGGUUUAAUUUCCCCGUUUGCCCAUCAGAGGGCGGGCAGGGGAUCGGCACGGCGGGUGGCCAAGGUGUGUGAGCAGUGUAACGAGUCCUUCCUGCUGCUCCAGCACUACCGCUCCCACAUGGAGCUGAAGCACCAGCACAGCUGCAAGGCCUGUCCCCAGCUCUUCUCCUCCCACCAGAGCCUCCAGCAGCACUGCCUCACCACCCACCGGGAGGAGAGGGCCUUCUCCUGCAGCAAGAGGCUCCAGCACCAGAAGGACAUCAAGGACCACAUCAGGAGGGUGCAGAAAGGGGAGCCCCAGGCCUGCCCCUACUGUGACAAAGUCAUCAGCUCCAAGUGUGGCCUGAGGGUCCACCUAAGAACCCACACCAGGGAGAAACCUUACCAGUGCCAGCACUGCCCCACCAGCUUUGCUCAGAGGUCUGCCUACAACACCCACCUGAGGAAAAUCCACCAGUCUGGGCAAGAGAGGAAGCUCCUGCCUGUCUACUGGAUGGUGGUUCCACCUGGGCAGAGAGCAAGCACCACGGGCUGUGACAAAGGUCCUGACAGGGGCACCUGGGCUGGGACAUCAGAGGCUGAAGGGUGGAAGCAUGAGAGGCACCAGGGCACUGCAGAUCAGGGGGAGCAACCUGGGGAUUCAUCCCUUGGCCACAGAGACUGCAGCAACCAGCAGGAGGAGAGGAGGAGUGGUGAGGAAGCUGAGGCAAGAAGUGAAAAAAGGGGUGAGGAAGGGGAGGAAGGUGAAGGGGACAGGAGUGUGAAGGGUGAGGAGGGGGUGGGUUAUGGGGCUGGGUGUCCCCAGGGUGAGGACAGGAGACAUCACGAGGAGGAGGAGGAAGGUGAUGAGUGCUCCCACGAGAAGGAUGGUGAAGAACGUGCACCUGGGGAAGAUCUGGGAGUCCAGGCAGUCAGCAAGAGCGGGGUGAGUAAGAAGAGCACCUAUGUCAUCAGGUGUGAGAAGUGCACCCAGCAGUUUGUCUCCAGGAAGAGGUACGUGGAGCACUGCAGGGACAGCCACCAGUGCCUGCCGGGCAAAGCCUACCGCUGUGACAUCUGCCCCAAGGCCUUUGCCACCUACACCAGCUGGAAGGAGCACCGGGCCUGCGUGCACACCGAGGAGAGGCACUUCUCCUGCAGCCUCUGCACCGCCACCUUCAAACGCAAGAGGGAUGUGCGGACACACUGCGUGCGGAAGCACGAGGGGAGGGCCAAGCGCCCCCUCUGCUCCGUCUGCGGGAAGAUCCUCAGCUCCCGCACCGCCCUGCUCUUCCACAUGAGGACGCACACGGGGGAGAAGCCUUACCAGUGUGCCGUCUGCCAGGCCAGGUUUGCUCAGCCCUCCCAGCUCAAGAUCCACACCAGGUCCCACACGGGGGAGAAGCCAUACAUCUGUGAGGACUGUGGGGCUUGCUUUGCUGACAGGGGCAAGCUCACUGCUCACAAAAGGACCCACACAGGAGAACGCCUGUUCAGAUGUGAUGUGUGUGGGAAACAUUUUGCCACCAAUGAAUACUUGAAAUGCCACAAGAGGUGUCACCUGGGUGCCAAACCCUACAAGUGCCAGGUUUGUGGGAAGACCUUUGGCCUGAGAGCCUCACUGGCCCAGCACAGCAACGUCCAUGCAGAGACCCGCCCCUAUUUCUGCGAGCAGUGCGGGAAAACCUUCACCCAGCAGGGAGCGCUGCGCCGCCACCAGCGGAUCCACACCGGGGAGAAGCCCUACAAGUGCAGAGCCUGCGAGAGAACCUUCACGGACAUGUCCACCCUCCGCAGACACGUGGCGGUCCACGACCGGAACGCUCACUGGAGAACUUUCCUCAUCGAUCUCAGCCCCAAGAAGGACCACAACUGGUCCAAGAUAGAGACGCUCUCGGAGGCCUGGGGGGGUGUAGACUCCACCCCCGAAAUCUGGUCGGUUGAGCAGGGGAAACUUUACAAACCCGAGGGCGUUAUUCUCACACAAGAACCCGUGCCACCUGGGGUCAGUGACGGGGGAGGCCCCGAGCGCUCCCUUUUGUACUUAUGACGCCAUUUACCGCCGGGAAACCCUGCGGCCUCUCCGGGUGCGUGCGGACACCGCAGUCCGUGCCGUGUGUUUUGUUUUGUUUUAUUUAGUUGUUAAUAAAGAUGCGCCCAUCCCUC